UUCUCAAAAAAGGCUGGAUGACACGAAGACCUCACGUUGUCUGUUUUUAAAUAAAGCUCAGCAGGUGGGUUGGUGGAGUGCAUCUUUAAUUGGCUCCACCACGGGACUUUACAAUACAUCCUCACGGUUGUUUGGAAUAAGAAGCUUCAUACCCACAAAAGGAAAUGAAUGUGGCUCUUAUUCAUGAUAAGCUUUAUAUAAAAGAUAUCUGGGAACAGAAAAUUGCUAAACAUGACCAACGGACCGAAACAGAAGCCAUGAGAAUGAAGAAUAGUGCUCUCACCAAAUUGAGAGAAGAAUGGCACCGAAGGCUUGAAAAUCGAACAAAACAUUUGAAGAGGUUAAAUGAUGAAAUUCUGAGGAAGAGCAAACUUGCCCAACAGGCAGAUGAUGACUCAUAA